AACUCCUUCGCCUAGUUGAAUGAUGAGCGCAAAAUCGCCAGAAUCGCACUCCACUUCACCUGCGUCACAUUCGUUAGGACCACCUGUCCUGGAUGGAUCUGUGCAAAUGGAAGCUACAGCGCUAUCGACGAUACCCUCCUUGAAUCCAUUUUCGCUGAGUUUGCAGAGCACACAACUAGAGGAUCCAUCUUUCGCUUUGACCUUGGAAGAUAUGGAGUUAAUCAAGCAGCAUUUGAAAUCCAAUGGGGUUUUCGGAGAGUCUCAAGAAGUGUCUUUCAAGUGGCUGUUGGACAACAUCACGAUACUUCAUUGUCUUACCCCACAAAGCGGAAAUCACCUAGAGCAUUUGAUAGGCAAAGAAUUUCUAUAUGUCAGGGAUGCUCUCAAGGCUCUAGAACUGCUCUCGCAAUAUGGUAUUAUUACACCUGAUGAGUUAACGCUAUCAGACGAUGCUAAACUCCUAAGAGAGUCACAUCAGCUCGAUCGGCUCACAUUUCAUUCGUUGGCAAAUGUUGUUCGCAACAUCAUCAAGGAUAGACCAGAGUCAAAAACCAGUUUAAGACUUUGAACAUUUAUGCAU